AUGGCUCCUUUAGAGGUACCUACCUCGGCUACACCGGCUGUAUCCACCCCUAUUGUAUUUACGGUACCACCAGGGGUACCACUGGCAUACCCCGCACCUGCUCCGGCCGAGCCUACGACAUACUCGACACCACCACCACCUGGACCUAUCGUGUACCCAACACUAGCGGCACCUGUGCCCCCAAUACCUAUAGUGUACCCAGCUGCACCUGUACCAGCGGUACCGGUUGCACCAUAUCCGGUACCACUACCUACCGUAUAUCCAACCACGGCCACCUAUGCUGACCCUGCAGUGCCACCAGUGGCAUAUGCCCCAGUUUAUGCAGCAGCAUCGGGAGUACCUCCCCCGGACGUUUCCGGUCUCCUCAGCCGAACAGGAAACAACCCGCCAGUGACAUUCCCUGUUUCAGAUGUGGGUCCAGAGAUCACAUCACCCCAGCCUGCUCUCUGGGAUAGUCAGUUUGCCAUUAUUGCAAAUUGCCUGGGCACCAGAGCCGAGAUUGUCCGCUGA